AUGCACCAACCGCGGCUAGCAGACCUCUUCGAAGAAUUUACGCGUCCGCACACUUCCACAGCUACAAAUUCAACAACGGACCCACACAACGCCAACAGCGUCUCUGCCGCAAACCGCGAAGCAACAAACACAGCCGCAAACGCCAUGACAUACGGCUCGACUUCUCCUUCUACAAUUCCCUCAUUCCUGCCAAUUGAAGACAUCUAUGUGGCACCGCAAUAUCAGCCCCCGAACCCUGAAGACGAGGACGACGUCGUCCCAGACCAGCAUGCGGCCUUCGGCAUUACUCGCGCUAUGGAGCGGAGACGAGAGGCCGUGUGGCGCGAUCUUGGUCUCGAGGCGCUUGUUAAUGGGGAAGGACAUGGGCCUGAUGCUGGGCCUUUGACUGGUCAUGGAGGCGGUGGUGCUGCUGGGGCUGCGACUUCUGGGCCUGGGGCUACGCUGCGCGGUAGUGGGGGUGGUGCGGCGGCGGCCGGGGCGCCUGUUAUUAGGGUCAGGGAUUCUGGGCGGAGGAUGGGUGGGCGUCGGGUUAUUGGGUUGCGGUAA